AUGCAAGUUCUUGCCUCAACAGACGGCUCGGAGCCUAGAAUCCGCUGGGAAUACCAAACCGCCUUCAUCGACGUGCUCAAGAAAGAGCUCAAAGAUGAAAGUGAAACCUGCUUCAUCCACCUCGCCGCAAAUUUUGCGCUCGUCAAAAUCACCCUGGACGAGUACCUCGACGGUGUGCUUGCGCAUUUGAGAAAGUCGUCGCAGGCAAAGCACAAGUUUGAUGUCUUGUCCAUGGAGUUGUGGCCCGAGAAUGAUUUGUGGCCACUUACUACUUCGGAUAUUUUUGCGGGAUCUGUUAGGGCGUUGAUGUGGUCUCCUUCCUUCACUCCUUUUGAGGACAAUGAAUGGCAGUAUCUGCGAGGACUUGCCUCCCUAGCUUGGAACCUAGAUGACGCCGACAAAUUCCAGACAACCGCCCGCGAGCAAGGCCUGGAUCUAUCCUCUCUCUCACCUGAAGCUUCCGACCUCCUCCUAGUCAUCUGCUACUGCAGACGCCACGUCAAGCUCCUCGAGCAUCUAAUCCGCACAGUCCAACCCCCAGCAGAAUCCAGUUUUGACCGUCUCCCUUUCUACGCAAUCGAAGCACGUACCGAUUCAUGGUCCGAUACAGCCCAACACUCUCCCAAGAGACCCGAAAAUGUCGCUAUCGAGAUACAGAUAUGGACGCUCCUGUUGAACUCUUCUUGGGUUCAUGACCCUGUCGAUGAAAACGUUGCAGGAGGAAUGACAUCGCUCGGUCAUACACGCGUUGGCAGUGACCCCUGGGCUAUUGAGUACACCUCUCCAGCCUUGGAUGAGUUCCAUUCUACCCUGUUUGCGAGAAAGUUCUUCCCAUCUCUAUCUCAAGUCGCAACGUUCAUCUUGAACUGCCCAAAUGUCGAGAUCGGCCGUCGGUACUUCAAAAAGAUGCCCGGCAGCAUGAUUUCGAGCAGCAGAUUCUUCUACCCUUUGCACUCAGGGGGUCUGCUUGUCCCAAUCAUUGAGUCCAAGAAGCUCAGUGACCAGCAACGACUCGACUUCGUGCGAUUGGUGAUAGAGGAGAUCCCAAGACUGGACCUCGACGCCAGGAUUGAUCGUCCCUGGGUUGCUGACAUGCGGAGCUUCGGGGCUCCUGGUGAUCCGUGGGAUUUCUUCAGCCCACUCAUGGCAGCGGGAUGGCGUGGAGACAAGAAGAUGGCAGAGUUGCUUUUGGAGCACGGGGCUAAGGUGGAGGUUAAGGAUUGCUUGUCCAAUCUUGAUGCAGGAGAGUUGGCUCGACAGCAGGGGCAUGAGGAGUUUGCUACAUGGCUUGAAGACAGAAAGGCGAGUUGA